AUGGAUGGAGGAAAGAAGGCUCCCUCCGCCGUGCUCAUCAUGCAGCAAUCCAAGGGCGUUCCUUCCAUCACCGGAAAGGGAGUCGCAACUUCUUACGCCUUCAUGAUUGGUUUCAUACUCUUCACCGUCUUCCAUGUCCUCACCACUCCGAUGAACACUCCCGCUUGGUUCUCUCACGUUCUCAGCUCCUCCAGCACGAUCUUGCCUGUCCCUUCCUCUUCCUCUUCUUCUUCUUUGUUGCCCUUCUCAUCCUACAUACUUCUCAAAGCCAACCCUUUCGUCUCUACCGCCACCGUGGGUCCAACAGAAGCAAGUGUAGUUUCUGCCGAGUACACGACAACCCAAACGAGCGAAACAAGCUCCGCUUCUAAAACCGAAGUUGAGCUACCAAACAUUGUAGUUGCACCUCGCCGUAGAUACAGCAGUCAGGCCACCCAACGGCAAGAGAGUGCGAUGGAAUCUGCCGUCGGUAGCUUUAGGUCCAUCAAUGCCAGUAGCAAGGGCGAUGCUGGCACUAGUUCCCCUAGAAAUCCCGAGGGAAUUCAAAACAAGCCUUGGGAGACGACCAACUCCGGCAAGAUGGCAACUGGUGUAGGUGAGAGAAGAAAGGAAAAAUGUGACAUAUUUGAUGGGAGGUGGGUGAGGGAUGACUCCUUCCCUCUCUACCCGGCGGCGACUUGCCCAUUCGUAGACCAGUCCAUCAGCUGUGUCAUGAAUGGCCGGCCUGAGCGGCUGUAUGAGAAAUGGAGAUGGCAACCACAUGGUUGCAGAAUUCCAAGAUUAGACGGGAAGGACAUGCUGGAGAGGCUUAGGGGGAAGCACGUGGUGUUCGUCGGUGACUCCCUGGGCCGGAACAUGUGGAAGUCUCUCCUGUGUGUCCUGUGGCAAGCCGUGCAGGGCAAGAAGAAGAUAGUCGGAGUGCGUCGCCCGCCUGGAUCGACUGCUUACGGCCUUUUGGACUACAAUUGCACCAUCGAGUUCUUUUGGUCUCCCUUUCUGGUCGAGGAACUGAAGACUCCUUUGCCCAACGGGAGUAUCAAGGCAACGGUGAGGCUCGACACCAUCGCAGCGGUCGCCCCCCGUUACCAGCACGCUGAUAUAUUGAUCUUCAACUCCGGUCACUGGUUCACUCCCUCCAAGACGAAUGACGGGAAGAAUUACUAUCGAGUAGGAGAACACGUUUACGAGAUGAUGGAGCAUGUUGGCGCUUACAGAAUUGCACUUAACACUUGGGCCAAAUGGGUUGACGCGAACGUGAAUCCAAAGAAGACCAAGGUUUUCUUUAGAGGAUAUUCCAGUAAACAUUACAGGGCAGGGCAAUGGAAUACCGGUGGGCGCUGUCACAAUGAAGUAGAACCCAUAACGAAUGAUACUCAUCUCGAGCCGUACCCAGAGAAAAUGAGGGUGGUGGACUCUCUGCUGGGCGAAAUGAGGACACCAAUCUCGUGUGUGAACGUAACAAAGAUGACGGCUUAUAGAAAGGAUGGCCAUCCUUCCGUCUACAGGAAGCAGAAGCACAAGAUGAGUGAGGAAGAGACGAGAAAGCCUGAGAAGUUUGAGGAUUGCAUCCACUGGUGUCUGCCCGGAAUUCCUGAUGCAUGGAACGAGCUCCUAUACGCAAAGCUAGUAAUGAUAUAGCCGCAAGGCCAAGCAUUUGGGAGAAAGGAUCGACAAUCGACGGUAGUCAACAAGGGAAGUGAAGUCUUGGAUUGUUUAGUUACCAUCGGUUUCAUUGUCCAAAUAUCUCCUUGGUAGUUGAGACUGGUGUUGUUUUUAAUUUUUCUCUUGUUUCCUCCCGUCUUCCUC